AUGAGAAUUAUUUCGAGACCUGACGUGCUGAUGCUGUCAUUCUUAAGUAUUAUUUCCUUUGCUUCGUGUUUCAAAGGUGAAGUUCAUCUAUUGAUUGCAAGAAUCGCAUUCGAUAAGCUCUCUGUUGAUAACCCCUAAUCGAUCGAAAAAGCAGAAUAACUUCUUCAAACUCUCACAAAAAGUUACCCUAGUCUAACUGAGAAAGAGAAAAACCACCCAUUCGUUGAGUGUGCAACUUUGGCUGAUGAUAUAAAAUAUAAAGGCGGCUCUUGGUAGUCAGACUGGCAUUUUACCGAUAUACCCUGGUUUGAAAAAGAUAUGCAAAGCACAAAAGAUUCUAAUCACCAAGAUAUUUCCAAGUCUAAUCCAGAAAAUUUGACUGCAGUUGUGCCUUUGAUGGUGAGUUGGUUGAGUUCAAAUCCUUAAAGUCCAAAAUCACCACAAAAGCAUAGUGAUGAAAAUUUCGUGAGAGAGAAAAUUCUCUCAAAGUUCCAUAACGAUGAAUAGAUCUCUAGAUCCUUUGGUUUGAGACUCCUGAUUCACUAUUUUGGCGACAUACAUCAGCCACUUCAUUGUUCUAGCAGAUAUGAUAAAACUCAUCCAAAUGGGGAUAGAGGAGGAAAUAUGUUUGAAGUUCCAUAUCAUUACGGUUCUAAUGAUCUUCAUGGAGUAUGGGAUUCAGUUCUUUAUGAAUUUUACGAGUCUAUCAAGCUACCAUUAGCUGAUGAUUCGUGGAAGCACCUAGGAGACAUCUCCUAAUAGUUAAUCCAAAGACAGCAAAUUGAGGAUAAAGAUGUUAAAAAUUUGAAUGUAACUCAAUGGACGAUGGAGUCCUACAAACUAGCACCUAGAGCUUAUGAUGGAAUUAUUCCAGACUAGAAGCUAGAUGAAAAGUAUAUCCAGGAAAACUUAAAAAUGUUGGAGAGAUAAUUGGUACUUGCAGGUUUAAGGCUUGCUCAUAUUUUAGAUGUUAUUUUCAAAGAGCAGUCAAGAGAGCAGUUGACUUUGCUACAACAGAUGAGAGAUUUUGUGGAAUAGAAGGAUGGGCCCAAGCACCAUACUGAUGAAAUUAAGAUGAUUUCAUUAAAUGAAAUGGAAAAUCUUUUAAUCUAAUGA